AUGGACUUUGAUNGAUUCUGCCAACGUUGUGGUUAUAACCGACAAAUCGUGACACCGAAUAAUAUUGACAAGACUGACAUCGAUCUGGAGAGCAUUGACCAGCGCUUACGUCAACUAAUGGACUUUGAUCGUGUUACCAGCUAUGCUAAACAUAAGGACUCGCUAAGAACGGAGUUUGAAACCUUUCUUGCUUCACUUCCUGGCCAUAUCGCAUUAGCCACCGUGACUCCACGGGAUAUUUGCCGGAUCCUUGUUUUUAAAGACAAGAAUGGGAAAACUCAGAUUCACCGCAAUGGCUGUAAGAUUUUUUUGAGGCUGGUAACCACGGAACAAUUACAGGCACAGGUAACUCCAAAACAGGCCACCCCUUUCUUCGUUGAUAAGCUAACACAAUUAUGUUCACACCUAGACAGAAGAUUGAGAGACUCAGACAGAGCGAUUGACAGAUUUGUGAUAGCCCGCGAUCAAUCGUAUAUUAAACUAGUUUUCUUUAGUGGAGAGCGACCUGGGGGCUUGGGACAGAUUAAGGUCCUUGAAAUCCUACGUUUCCCCAACGACGACGGUUUCCUUUUCAAUCACAAUUGGGGAAAGACGUUAAGGGAUGGGGAAGAGAAUGUGUUUGGAGUGAGGAGAAAUGCGCAAGCAGAAAUCUGUCCUGUUCGAGGCAUCGAGCGUUAUAUGGAGGUGACGCGUGAUAUAAGGGUGGAUUUAACGUGCGGUUACCUAUUUCGUCCAAUCGCACCUGAUUUGGGCAUAAAAGACGCCCCUUUUACUUCCUCUGCAGCUGAAUCACGCUUAAAGGGUUACCUUAAGGAGAUGAAUGCAGAUAACGGCGAGACGCUCCAUGGUUUCCGCUCCGGCUGUGCCAUCACUCUAGCUCUUGCAGGUGCGGAUCUGGCCGAGAUCAUGGAUCGUGUUGGUUAGACUAGGCGUCACACAGCCCUAUACUACAUGCAAUUAGCGAAAGUCUUAAAUCCGGCUGGAGCCUCAGCUCGGUUGGCCUCGAACAUCGGUACGGAACCGUCCUGUUCAUGGUAAGAUAUUAACCAGCUGAAACGGUUUGUGUGUGCAUUCCCUGCAGUCAACCGCGGGAAGAGAUCUUACGAAAAAGAGCAUCUAUGAGGCUAGGCGAAUAAUCCCUUUACCAGACUUGGAGAGCUGGGUUUCGGUUUAGUUUUGGGGAGUUAUGACUUGGUUUGGGGGCUGACUUCUUGGAGAAUCUAACGAUGGUCUCUUUUAAUAGGUAGUCAUUAGUACUGGGGAGGAGUCCAUCGUUAGCCUGGUCGACGAGAACAAACUGGGUGACACUAUAAGGAACGGAAGCCAAAUUUAUCCCCAAUCUUAUUGCGGUGCGACAAUGGGCGCAGUGUGGAAUAGUUUACUAUUUGUAAUACUGUGGUUAUGCCAUUACAUUACUGGUAUUUAUACACUAGCGGGUUCAUAGGAAAAAAUUCACGCCUUUCACCUAAAAAGGUUGAAAAUGAUUCGACAUGAUUUUUGAACUGGCGCGCAGAAGAAAAUUUAGUAUCGGUCUGAUAGUUUCCCCUUGGAAAUUUGAUGUUCUUAAAACUAGCAUAUUUGUUUUAAGAAAGUGAAAUUUCUGCGGGGCAACUUUCAUCCGAUAGUUCGUCAACAGGAACACUCUAUUAUUUAGUCUGCAGUGGCUGGAGGUUGUCAAAAUGGCGACGUUUUUCUCGAUUUCCCGAAGUUUUGGAGCCAGGACGAUUUAGAAACGUCAGUGGAUAAUCAGUUCGCGAGAUACAGAAGAAUUAAAAACUGACUUUCACAGCCACUGGACUUUAAAACUCCAAAUUGUUAACAAACAUUACGAUAAGUACCCGUACACAGUU